AUCACGUGAACGCAGCAUCACAGACAGCAUCGUCCAGCGAGCCCGGAAGUCAAGCUAAAAACUGCUGUGAGCCAAAACUUACACAGACACAAACAGCGGAUAUAUAGGUGGAAAAAAUAUAUAUAAAUUCAGAGUUCAGCUUUUCUAUAAAGCUUCCAGCGAUGGAUAAGCUUCGUCGUGUGCUCAGCGGCCAAGAGGAAAACGAGGAGUUGGGUCUCACCGCUCAGGUCCUCGAUGCCAGCUCCCUCAGCUACAGCACCAGGGUGAAAUGGUUCUUCAUAUGCUUCGCUGCAGGCAUCCUGUGCUCAAUACUUGGCACAGCUCUGCUCUUCCUUCCAGGUGGAGUCAAGCUUUUCGCCGUCUUCUACACACUAGGAAACCUCGCCGCUCUUUUCAGCACCUGCUUCCUGAUGGGUCCACUUAAACAGCUGAAGCGCAUGUUCGAACCAACCAGACUGAUUGCCACCAUCGUUAUGCUGCUCUGCCUUGUCCUCACACUUUGUGCAGUGUUUUGGUGGCAUAAAAAGGGGCUGGCUAUCAUCUUCUGUAUUCUGCAGUUCUUGGCGAUGACCUGGUAUAGCAUCUCGUACAUUCCCUUUGCCAGAGACGCAGUGAUGAAAUGCUUCACUACCUGCCUGAGUUAGGACGCCGCGGUGUCCUAUUUCACCUGAAGACUGGUCCUCAUAUGCAAACUGCAAAAAAAAAAAAACACAGCUGCAGCUCUGUAAAAUACGCAUCCAUGUUGUUUGUACACUUUAUCUCCAGAUUUUUACUGUUGCUUUUUUCAUACUGUGAAUUCUCACCUUUUAAGCCUAUAAUCAGACGACAACACUUACUUUUGCCUGUUUUGAUGUGAGAGUGCAUUUAAUGCUUAAUAUAUUUAAAGAUAUUUCUUAUUCUGUAUGUUUGGGGGAUUUUUAUUCCAUUAAGUGCAGGGAAGUGAUAUUUUGGCUUUACCCCAUAUUGUGAUUUAUAGCUUAAGUGCCUCAAUGACCAACCAUGAUCUUUUACAUAUUGAUGCAGUGAUCUCCUCCUCCUGACUUCUUACACACGUGUUAUUAAAACACAUUUUCUUUCUCUCUUCUCUCAUCUGAGUGUAAGAUGCACUGAUGUAUAAAGACGCUCUCGGUUAUUUCCCUGUAGGCGAAUGAGGCUCUGCUUCACUGAUGAUGCUCCGGUAUGUAUGUGAUCCACAGCUUUCCAGACACACAGAUUAAAAAAAAAAGAAGCAGCAGCA